GAUCUUCCGAACCGGAGAUCCGCGUCUUCUGCGAUCUGGCAAGUUUACCGCGGUAUCCUCGAGUGUCAUCGACGGUGAUCCGUUAGGAAACAGUGAUUCACUUUAUUCGGACGUGUCAUCUGGUUGGUUAUCCCGCAAAGACAGUGUUUUCUGUUUUACCGUGCGAUCAUACUUGUGAGAAGGAGUAGAGAGAGAGAGCGUGCUCCUGCAAACUGUUCAGUGCGAGUUCCUCCUCGUCCUCUCAGAUGUUCGCGACGAAAUAUCAAUACGAUCACAUGGUUGCCUCUCGUUGUUUACAGUUGGCGAGAAAUUGAUAGCUAAGUAGCUGAGGAGAAGUGCGUUCGACAAGGUUGAAAUUCGGUGGUUAGUGACACGGGGAGAGGGGAAGAGCUGGUACUCAUGGGCCUGGAAUCUGACGUGGUUCGCGGAAGCUGUGCCUCGUUAUGCACCUUUAAAACAGCCAGAAUUCGUGGAAUUGGUCGUGACUCGGAGCACCGAACGAUCGUGAUCGAUAGCAGGGGUGUCGUCGCGGUGAGGGAGGGCAAUGCGCCUGGUGAGGAGAAUUGAGAAGCCUCCGUUCGACACGUUCUCCAGCUCGCGGAUCCCGGAGGAAAAGGAAAAGAAGUCGCGCGCGUAGGAGCGAAGAAACGGGAACGGCCACGGCCACGGCCACGACAACGACAGCGACAACGACAACAGCAGCCAACAGGGAGCGCCUCGUCCAGUACGGCGCUCUUCUAACGGCGAUAGGAGGGAGUUAUGGUGUCUCGCAGAUGCGAUGACUGUGGCCGCAGCCGUGGCACUGUGGCAUCGUGCCCACUUCUACAAGGCGAUCGUCUGCGUCGUCCUCGCCCUUAUUGCCAUUCAGUAUUUACUUAGCGGCGUGAUCGAUCGUCGCUCCAUAGAGACGAUUUUCACCAUUAACGCUACCAGAUACGCGGAUCGUACCUACAGGCAUCAUCCACGGGGCCUGAUCAUAUACGGGCCAGUGACCGUGGCUAGCAUACUCGGUAACGAAAACAAUGCCACCGCAACGAUCCUGCUCUGGGGCGGCGACAGGGGCAAUUCCAACCUCUCCAAGAUAGAAUCCGCGCGCCCUACUCGAAACACGUACAUCGUUGGAAGUUCGCAGGAAUCUUCGACCGCGAACGCGACCAACGGUACUAUCGUGCCGCCAUGUCCGCUCAUUCCUCCGAAUCUCGUCGGACCGCUGGCCGUUAGCAAGUCACCUCCUGAGUUGGCGGCGAUAGAAAAGGCGUUCACCGAGGUGAAACCAGGCGGCAGAGGUUACCCAUCGGACUGCAUCGCGAGGUAUCGCGUCGCCAUCGUCAUUCCGUUCCGCGAUCGACCGCAACACCUUCAAGCGUUGCUCUACAACCUCCACCCGAUGCUUCUUCGUCAGCAGAUCGACUAUCAAAUAUUCGUGGUGGAGCAACAAGGUAACGGCGCCUUCAAUCGCGCGAUGCUCAUGAACGUAGGAUACGUGGAAGCCUUGAAGGAGCGACCUUUCGACUGUUUCAUUUUUCACGAUGUCGACCUACUUCCCGAAGACGAUAGAAAUCUUUACACGUGUCCGGAACAGCCGAGGCAUAUGUCCGUCGCAGUGGACAAGUUCAAAUACAGGCUACCCUACACCGAUCUAUUCGGCGGCGUGUCGGCGAUGUUGCGCGAACAUUUCCGUCUGGUGAACGGAUUCAGCAACGUGUUCUGGGGAUGGGGCGGCGAAGACGACGACAUGGCGAAUCGGAUAAAAGCGCGGGGACUCCAUAUUUCUCGAUAUCCGGCGAACGUGGCGCGCUACAAGAUGCUCACGCACAAAAAGGAGAAGGCCAAUCCAAAGAGAUACGAGUAUCUAAAGACGGGCAAGAAAAGAUUCUCCACGGACGGACUCACCAAUCUUCAAUACGAACUGGUCGACAAACAGAAGCCGAAACUGUACACGUGGCUCCUGGUGAAACUGACGGCCCCACAGCCCAGCUGAUGGCUCUCCUGGAUCGGAUAGCGAUCCGAACCGCUCGAGAUCGCUCAGAUCCCGCGUCCUCGAGGUUAACGCGAAACCAAGUUCCACGAAACGGGGUAGCUCGAAGAAGAGUUGUCGGUGAAACUACACGUGAAAAGGAACUCGAAAGGUCCGGAAAGAUCGACGGUACAGCCGCUUACGGAUAACCGACGAGCUGUUUCUCUCGACGAACGAGAGAAACGUUGUUACGUGAUAUAUUUUUAUUCCUCGUAUUUUUUUAUCGCAACUAGGAUAGGCUAAAAGGGCAGGUAGGUUGUAACGUACGACGAGCUAACGUGCCAAAGGAGAAUGCGUGUAUGUUGCGUGCGUGUGUGCGUGCGUUUGUGCGCGCACGACUAGAAGAGAGAAAGGGAGAGAAUGAGAAAAGUGUGUAGAACGAAAACGGGAGAAGAGCUCCGCCAUCCUUUUCGGAUUCCACUAGCCUACUACUGCUACUACUACUACUACUACUACUACUACUACUACUACUAC